AUGAGGCCGUACGACCAGCUCAACGACGAAAUGCCGCCCAACCCCGGAGCAGUGCUGGAGGAGACGGGCCCCGCGGAGGCCUUGGUGCGGCCCUCGGCGGUCGAGGAGCCUCCCUUGAUGCUGGGGGAGCCCACGACCCCGCCAGGGAUGGAGGUGGAGCGCCGGAGGUCGGUGAAGUCGAUGCGCAGUGACAAGGCCUCCGAGGACGCGUGCGCCGCUGGCGAGCAGGGGUGGCGCGCCGAGCUCGCGAGGCUGACCGUGCUGGUGAGGGACAUGCGGGAACAGCAGGCAGACGCCCACAGGAGCAUGAUGCGGCUGCACAAGGAGCAGCAGAGAGAGCUCCAGGCAGCCGUCAAGCGCGUGGAGAGGUCCGCCCCUCGAGCUUCCGGCCCCGCCUCCGCAGAGCCGGCCGCCCCGAGCGGGGACGCGGCGGAGAAGCCCGCGGCGCAGGUGGGGCAUGGGGACAAUGGCAACCACAUCGCCGAGGUCUCUCACCCAUGCGCCGUGCAGGAGCCAGCCGAAGCUGGCGACAAGGACGCCAUCCAUCAGGCCGCGAUCCCCAACACGACCGAUGCGGUUGUGCCCAGAGAAGGGUCGGCCGCUCCGCAGGUGCCAGAGCAGAGCCGAACCCAGAGAUGGAGUCUUCACAUGUCGGACAGCCUGAGCCCACAAACGUUGCACGGGCUGGCGAUCCAGUUCUUCUUGAAGGUCAAGCAUUUUUUGGAGCUUGCACGGUCGCACUACGGGCCUAGGUCUGUCAAGGGUCGCAGGGCUACUAGCUUGCAGUUGUUCGUGAACAGCUUCUACUUUCGGGCGGUUGUGUCAGCGGCCAUACUGUCAAGCGGCAUUUGCAUCGGCUUCCAGGUGGACAGUCAGCUGAAAAAUCUGUACAAGGGGCAUGUUGAUGAGGGGGAAUGGAAAGAGACCGAGAUAUUUUUCGCCGUGUUCUUUUCUAUUGAGUUGAUACUCCGCCUAGUUGCGGAGCGAUGGUCGUUCAUCUUCGGCGAGAAUUGGGCUUGGAACUUGUUCGACUCUUGUCUCGUAACAGAAGCGAUGGUUGACCUAGCCUUGAGAAAUUCGGCAGUUCCCGACUUUUCCUUCGCGCGAAUUCUGCGGCUUGUGCGGUUCACUCGCGUACUUCGCAUAUUGCGUGCUAUGCGUUCGUUCCAGACACUACGAGUGAUGGUAUUCUCCAUCUUGAGCUCCAUGACCUCACUGCUUUGGGUGUUCGCGCUGAUCUUCUUCAUGAUAUACUUCUUCGCAGUGUUCUUUGCGAGCGGAAUCGCCGAAUGGUUCGUCAUCUAG